ACACUAAUUCAUUAUGUUUUAUUUGUGUUUUUCUUUAUCAAGUGUAUAACGUGUUUUCUUAAUUUGUGAAGUACAACUUACACAAUCCAGUUAAUAAAUUGCAUUAAAUAUCGCUAGAAAAAAAAUGUCAGUCAUUGAAGAUUUUAAAUCUUAUUCAAAAUGGUUGAUGAGACUUUUGGCGUUGAUACAGUCGAUAAUGCCAGGGGAAUGGCCGACGUCUUGUCUUAUACAAGAUGGUGAUACAUUCGACUUCAUAGUAGUUGGUGGAGGCUCUGCCGGAGCAAUUGUGGCCAGCAGACUGAGUGAAGUCCAUCACUGGAAGGUACUUCUCAUCGAGGCAGGAGGCGACCCCCCUUUAGCCAGCGUGGUGCCAAGCUUGUUUGGAUAUCUCCCAAAUACGGAAUACGAUUGGAAGUAUAAAACAUACUUCCAUGAAGGCAUAGGUGAGGCCCACAACGACCGUAUGCAGACAUUGCCGAGGGGGAAAAUGCUUGGCGGUUGCUCAUCCAUGAACUUCAUGGCAUACGUCAGAGGAAAGCCAGAAGACUACGACCGUUGGGGACGAGUAGCCCCUGGAUGGUCAUGGAGAAAAAGUCUCCAGUACUUUAAGAAAUUAGAAGACUUCCGCGAUCCUGAAGUCAUGAACAAUCCUAACAAUGCACGACUCCAUUCUAGAGAUGGUCCCGUUACAGUAACAAGGCCUAAAGUUAAUAGCUUUUUUCAAGAUGUGUUUGACGUAGUACUGGGUGCGUUCCAAGAAAUAGGCCUGAAAAGAAUCUUGGAAAUAAACGGUCCUGAAUUAGGUGGAGUCACAUCUCCACAUUUUAAUCACGAUUGCGGUAGACGAAUCAGCACAGCAGAAGCCUACUUAAAACAUAGUAAAAACAGACGUAAUUUAUGUAUAGCAAAGUACACAAAAGCUAUAAAAAUCAUAAUUGAUGAAAGGACUAAAACAGCUCGUGGAGUGAAGGUAAUACUAAAAUCAAAUGAAACUUUGAAUGUUUUUGCGAAAAAAGAAGUGAUAGUUUCAGCAGGAAGCUUUAACAGCCCUAAACUUCUGAUGCUCUCUGGAAUUGGACCUAAAGAAGAGUUGAAGAAAUUGAAUAUAAAAGUGAUUGCAGAUCUCCCCGUUGGCAAAAACUUAAUGGAUCAUAUAGUUGCGAAUAUAAUACUUCAAGGAAAAAAAGGUGUGCAUUAUAAAACACAGAUGAAGUACGCGCUAAAAGAGAUAAAUGCUUUUCCAAAUCCUACAAUAACAGGGUAUUUUAACGUGCAUAAUGAAACUCUAUCUCAGCCACAAUUUCAAUUUUUCACCAUGUAUGUUGCCGCUAAUGCUUCGCUAGUACCAAUAGUAUGCAAAUUAGCUCUGAACUAUAACGAUGAAUUGUGUGACUCAGUGCAAGAGGCCAACCUUCAUCGUGAGCUACAUCUAGUCCUGGUGAUCAUGUUACACCCUUUAUCUAAAGGCCGCGUCACUUUGAAAAGCAAAAACCAUUUUGAUGACCCUGUGAUAGACCAAGGAGUUUUAACUGUAGAAGAUGAUAUAGAUCUAUUAGCUGAUGCUGCCAAGUAUGUUGCUCGUUUGGAGAACACGUCAUACUUUAAGCGAGUGAACGGUCGAGUAGCAAAUAUAAAAGUUGCAGGUUGCAAAGGAUUGAAGUUUAAGUCUGAUGAAUAUUGGAAAUGUUAUGUGAAAAAUACUGUUAGCACUUUUAUGCAUUCAGUUGGGUCUUGCUCUAUGGGGCCUGAUCGUGUAGUAGAUGAGAAGUUGAAAGUACAUGGUAUAAAUUGUCUUAGAGUAGUGGACGCUUCAGUAAUGCCUGGUACACCUAGCGCUAAUACCAAUGUACCUACAAUGAUGAUUGGUGAACAAGCUGCAGAUCAAAUUAAAGCACAUUAUUCGUAAUAAAUUAUGCAUGAAAUAACGUGCGUGAGUAAAUGUAACAUUGCGUGUUUUUUUUGUUUCUCGAACUCUGUUGCAUGGUUACGUUGAUGUAUUAGGUUAAUGAGGUGUAUGUUCUGUAUCUGCCAUUUUCAGAGUAAAAUUUUGCUUCAGUUCAACGCCUAUGUAAAAAAUAAACGAAUCGAUUUUUUUUGUAACUAUCCGUGCGUAUUAGAAAUGCACGGAUGAUUAAAAAGUAAUGAAGACGUUUUAAUUGUAUCCUUUGAUAACGCUGUUUAAGAACAAGUUCAGAUAAAAACA